UACGCCUGUAAAUCGAAUCACAUCUCUCCAGGUCCAGGUCUUGGCACGCACAGACCCCCAGAUCUGGCUGGCUUAUAUAAUCCCACCCACGGGCGGCUCUGUCCCACACUACGGAGUACGGUAGAUCGCAACAACCGCCAACCUCAUUUUUCUCUCCUGUCCUACGGCAGCCCACACGACACCAGAUCUCGCAUCGGCCAUUCAACCAGCGAACUAGUUCCAUACCAUACCAGGCAAAACGAUAUCAGGACAGCUUGCAACGAACAGCUUGCACGCACGUGUGGGAGGGGAGGGGGUGAAAGUCGAAUUCCUAAAAUUACAUUCUUGAAUCUUAUAUGUAAGACAAGGGAAAAAGACGAAAAUUAAAAUAAUAAAAAAAGGAGGUAAAGAUGGUAUACGACUGGGAUGGUAAACGCGACAUCUGCUAUAAGAUGUAUAUCGAGGAUAAGAAGGCGCUCGAGGAGAUUAUGGAGUAUAUGAAGGUGUGCUAUCAGUUUGCGCCAAGUAAACGAGCCUUCCAAACCCAGUUCAAACGAUGGGGAUUCCCCUCGAAGCAAAACCCCGCUCAUAAAAAUGCACGCCUCGUCGCUCGCAUCAAGGAGCUCUGGGAGCGAAACACCAGCCAGCGGGACAUGCUCCGUAUCCUCAACGAAGAAGGGUAUGAGAUCAAGGAGCGGGAGCUGAUGCGAGUCCGUGCGAAGAAUCGAUGGCUGUUGCGCGUCCCUAAUGGGAUGAAAGCCCAGUCGACAAUGGCCGCGACAGCUUCUACGGCUACAGCUGCCGCUACAGGUAUUGCUGCGUCGACGGCCCCAGCGGCGACGCUGAGCGGUGAUGAGGGUCUGUUGGCGCUCCAGCAGGAAACUUAUAGGCCGGACGGGAAUAUGGAGGCUGCGGGGGGCCAACCGAUCGUAACGGAUCCUGGAGGGGACGUAGCUCAACAGCGUCCGCCGUCGCCUAGGUUGUCGCCGGAGGUGCUGGCAAAGAGGAAGGCGAGGUUGGAGCGUUUGCAGGCGGAGAGCGAGGAGAGAUGGGCAACGCGGAAAAGACGGCGGAGAACGAGAGGGUGGGCGGGCCUACCUGCAGAUCCGCCGGGGCCGCCGCGGUUCCCCUCCGAGACGACGAUUGAUGAGAGCAAGCAGUAUCUGAGCUUGGAUAAUGAGAUGUAUCGGCAGCUUCGGGAUCAUUUCCAGCGUAUUUGCGAGGAGGCUGGGUUUAUUAAGAAGACGAUUGCCGGGCCGGAGAAGUGGCAGGCAGCGAAGAAUCGGUUGAUUGAUGAAUCUCCACACCUGCGGAGUGUCUUCUGGCCUAAUUCGGGCCAGAUUGAGGCCAAGGCGUUGGCAUUGGAUGUCGUGUGUACGGAUGUCACGAAGCGCAUGCGGACAUUGCAGCGGAGGAUGACUAUUGCGGAGGCUAAGAAUGCGUUGGGGAUCAACCCUGAGGAGAGCAGGCAGAUACGGAAUGCGUUUUACCAGACCCUCAAGGCGGAUCAUUUCACGAGCAAGCUGGAAGCUGGCGAUGAACAUUGGAACGAGCUUAAAGAGAGGUGGAUCAAGGGCUCCGAGCUACUCCAGCGGAUCCUCGCCGCUGGGGAAGCCGAUCCGAACCACGCUAUAAAGGUCAAGGCCAUCGAGAUACUCUGCAGGGACGUGAACAAGAGGCUGAGAGAUGAAAUCUCCAAGCGUGAUCCGUCCCGCAAGAGGUCCUCUACGUCCACUUCCAACAACGGGAGCAAUACCGCCCAACGCGCCCAAAGCAGCACUAGCUCUGCUUACACUCGACCGCCGGCGAUCAUCCGCAACGGCAUCAGUACGCUCGCCUCUCAGGCCCUCGCCAGCGCGCCCAUGAUGUCUGGGGACCUCCCAGAUCUACAAAUAGACCCUUCGCUCCUCCAAGCCGCCAACGACCCUUCCUUCGCUCUAACCGCGAACAGGCAUCAUCACCAUCACAACCAUCAUCAUCAAGACCACCCUCAAGACCAUCCCCAACCGCUUCAACCCGAACACCCCCAAAAUCAAAAUCAUCACGACCACAAUAACCCCCAAACGCACCACCCCAACAACCACCAACAAGAACAGCGACAACAACAACAACAACAGCAGCAGCAGCAGCAGCAACAGCAGCAACAAUCAUUCAACUACGUCGACCCAAUGCUCCACUCCCCCUUCCUCCCCGUGCCCAUCUACCUCCGCAUCCACCCCCAGUCGCAGGUCCACCAGAACGCCAAGACCUGGGUUGACAAGCUAUCGACGCGGACAAUGGCGGAGUUGCGAAGCGUAGUGACGAACCGAUUCAAGGAUGCGCGGAUUGCGAGGAUCGAAGGAACGGAGCGGGAUGUUGUGUAUGUGAUUGAUGAGGAUCAUGAGUUGGAUGCGUACCUGACGCAUGUGCAGGGGAGGAAGGCGACGUUUGUGUUUUUGUUGGAGGGGGUUGGUGGGGGAUAGAAGGGGGGGGGGGUUUAUCUUUUUUUUAUCUUAUUUAUUUAUUUAUUUAUUUUUCCUGGUUUUACUGGUUUUCCUGGGAUGAGAUGGAUUCGGAUUCGGAUUUUCUUUUUACUUGAAAAAUUAUUAUCAUUAGUAUACGUAUUUAGUGGUCGUUCUGAACUAGGCAUUUAAAUGCUACUUUACAAGGAUGAAUUCAUAGAUUGAGCAGAUAUGAAUGGAUGGAUGGACGGAUGGAUUUGAUGUGUUCAAGAUUUGAUACAUUUGAGGUGCUUUUUCUAACAUAUAUAUGAUUUUUCAUAAUCUUGAACAAGAAAUGAUACAUGAUUUUAUUCUUGAACUUUCAGCAGUUCAUCUGAAUCAUUCAUAAGGAGAAGAAGAACUAUCUCUUCAUUAUAUAUCUGUGUUGUUGUCAGUGUUAUCAGUACUAGCUCUGUUUUCUGAAGAGUCUCUGAAGAAUGCAGUCGUUGAUUUGAAGAAUGUGACAGAGAGUCUCACUGAGGUGAUAUCUCUGACCUGUGUGACAUGGGGAGCUGAGAGGUAGCGAUUUGAGUCCAGUCCAUCUCACUGCCUGAUCUUGUUGUGGGCCUAGGUCGGGGAGAGAGCAUUCU